GGAGGAAAAAGAAGAAGAAGAAGAAGCAGAGGAGGAAGCCACAACAUCAUGGCGGAGGUGCAGGACGAUGACCAGUGGCUGUACGGGGACGAGAAGGACGACGGCAAGGAGGAGGAGGGCGAGGCGGCGGACAGGCAGCAGCAGAGCGACAGGGAGAAGCCAGCAGAGGAGAAUGGCGAGGAGGAAGCCCCACCUGGAGUCGACAAAGGAGGAGAGGAAGCCGAGAAAGAGAAUGAAAUGGACACCGACAAAGACAAGGAAGGGGAGAAGGAGAAGGAUGGAGAGGAGAAAGAUGACAAAGAAAAAGAUGGAGCUGAGAAGGGUGACGGUGAUGACAGCAGCGAUGAUGACGACCUGACCAUCACCAUCGGGGUCUUGAAAACACAGCCAGACAUCAUCCAGGCCCCCACGGCACCCCACUCAGCACGCUUCCAGCCCAAGGCAACUCCCACCACCGGCCUGAAGGAUGAAGACUUCUCCUCGCCGGGCAAGGUCAACGGCGUCCCCAUCACAGAGUUCAACAUGGCAGAACUGGAGGAGAAGCCUUGGAGGAAACCUGGUGCAGACAUCUCCGACUACUUUAACUAUGGGUUCAAUGAAGAGACUUGGUUCAGGUACUGUGAGCGCCAGAAGAGGAUGAGGAUAAAUGAAUCUGGGGCAGGCCUGGCUGGACUUGGCAUUAGUAUAACAAAGCCCUUUGGGAACACUCCCAACACCAUCCCUGUGACAAUCGUGAACGACAACAGUAAGUACGGUGGCUCAGGCUCCCAGCGGCCCAAGGCAGGACCGCCACCGCGCAACAAGGGCAUGGGACAGAUUGACGUCAUCGGUGGAGCCUCCAACCCCAACAAAACCAGCACGAUACAGGUGAUGACGGCUGACAGGCGGGAGUAUUCCAACAAAGUGAUGAGUGGCCCGCCUCCGCCCUCCCAGCCCACCUAUAAUGAUAUGGAGUUUGGUGGCAACCCUUACGGGGACGCCUACUACCCCAGCGAGGGCUCCUUCUAUGGCGGCAGUGGAGGCUUUGACAACCCUCCACCCUGGGGCCCUGGCCAAGGCCCUCCCCCCAUGGGGCAGAACAACUGGGACGGGCCAGGGCCAGUCCCUCCCCCCACUGUGACGCCCGUGUCCAGUGCCUCGGGCUACUUCGAGGAGGACUCCAUGAGUGCUCCACCUCCACCUCCAGAGCCAGAGGAGGAGAGGCACAGAUCUCGCCGAAGUCACCGGUCCCGCAGCCGCUCCCCAAGCCGGCACAGGCACUCCGGGCGGCACCGCUCGCGCUCCCGCUCCCCCUCCCACAGACACAAGCGCAAGAAAUCCAAGAGGGAGCGCGAUGCAGACUGAUGCUCCUGAAAGUACAACCUGUUCCGUUACUUUUCCUUUUUGUUUGCUGUUUGUGUGUGGUGCAUGAUUCAGAAGGUCAACUUGUAGAUUUCACUUAACAAUUAAACAAAGUAAAUUAUAA